AUGGGCCCCUGGGCUCUUCUGGUCCUGCUGGCGACCACAUCACAGCAUGGUCAGGGAGUCCCGGUUAUAGAGCCCCAAGGUCCUGAGCUGGUUGUGGAGCCGGGCACAACGGUAACGCUGCGAUGUGUGGGCAACAGCAGUGUGGAGUGGGACAGCCCCAUCUCCUCCGGGUGGACCCUGAGCAAAGAGGCUUCUGUCAGCAUCCUGACCACCACCAAUGCCUCCUUCCUAAACACGGAGACCUAUCGCUGCACUGAGCCUGGAGACCCCUUGGGGGGCAGCGCCACCAUCCACCUCUUUGUAAAAGACCCUUUGCGCCCCUGGAAGAUCCUGGCACAGCGGGUAACAGUGUUUGAGGGUCAGGAUGCACUGCUGCCGUGCAUGCUCACCGACCCAGAGCUGGAGGCCAGUGUCCAACUGAUGCGCGUGCGGGGCCGGCCGGUCCGGCCAGGCACCAGCUACUCCUUCUCACGCUGGCAUGGUUUCACCAUCCACAAGGCCAAGUACCUGGACAGCAGAGACUACCAGUGCAGCGCUGUGAUCGAUGGUAGGAAGUCACUGUCCAUCAGCAUCCAGCUUGAGGUGCAGAAGGUCUCAGGACCCCCGGUUUUGACCUUGGAGCCUGCGGAGCUGGUGCGGAUCCAAGGGGAGGCUGCCCAGAUCGUGUGUGCAGUCAGAAGUAUGGACCCGAGCUUUGAAAUGUACCUCCAACACAGAAACACCAAGCUGACAAACUAUCAAGAAGCUGACUUCCAAGAAAAUUAUUACAUUAAAACCUUGACUCACAAACUCGAUCACGUAGGCUUCCAAGAUGCUGGCAACUACUCUUGUGUGGCUAUCAGUGCCCAAGGAAUCCACUCGACCUCCAUGGUCCUUCGGGUGGUAGAGAAUGCCUACUUGAACUUGACCUCUGAGCAGAGUCUGUUCCAGGAGGUGAUGCUGGGCAAAUCACUGAGCCUCAAAGUCAAGGUUGAGACCUACCCAAGCCUGCAAGGUUAUAACUGGACCUACCUGGGACCCUUCCCUGGCCGACAGCCCAAGCUCAGUUUUGACACCGUGAGAGACACAUACAGGGGCAUGUCCACCCUCUACCUGUCCCGGCUGAAGCCCUCAGAGGCUGGUCGCUAUGCCUUCCUGGCCAGAAACUUGGAAGCCUGGGAAUCCCUGACCUUCGAGCUCACCCUCCUAUACCCCCCAGAUGUAAGAGUCACAUGGACUCUAAUCAAUGGCACUGGGACCCUGGUCUGUGAUGUCACUGGGUACCCACAGCCCAAUGUGACAUGGCUGCAGUGCCAGGGCCACCCUGACAGGUGUGAUGGAGCCCAUGAUGUGGUCUUGGAGGACACCCACCCUGAGGUUCUGAGUCGGGAGCCCUUCCAGAAGGUGGUGGUCCGGAGCCUGCUGAUCCCCGAAACCCUAGAACACAACACCACUUACGAGUGCAGGGCCCUCAACUCGGCAGGGAACGCCUCCCACACCUUCCAGCCGGUCUCUAUCAGUAAGUCUCCCACCUGUCUCACUCCAGGGGAGGAUCCCCUCUUCACACCGGUGCUGGUCGCCUGCAUGUCCAUCAUGGCCUUGCUGCUACUGCUGCUCUUGCUGCUUCUGUACAAGUACAAGCAGAAGCCCAAGUACCAGGUGCGCUGGAAGAUUAUCGAGAGCUACGAGGGCAACAAUUACACCUUCAUCGACCCCACACAGCUGCCCUACAACGAGAAAUGGGAGUUCCCCAGAAACAACUUACAGUUUGGUAAGACCCUCGGAGCUGGAGCCUUUGGGAAGGUGGUGGAGGCCACGGCCUUUGGUUUGGGCAAGGAAGACGCUGUCCUGAAGGUGGCUGUGAAGAUGCUCAAGUCCACGGCUCACGCUGACGAGAAGGAGGCCCUCAUGUCGGAACUGAAGAUCAUGAGUCACCUGGGCCAGCACGAGAACAUAGUCAACCUUCUUGGAGCCUGCACGCAUGGAGGUCCUGUCCUAGUCAUCACUGAAUACUGUUGCUAUGGCGACCUGCUCAACUUUCUUAGAAGGAAAGCCGAGGCCAUGUUGGGGCUCAGCCCAAGUGCAAGCCAGGACCCCGACAGUAUCAUUGGCUACAAGAACAUCCACUUGGAGAAGAAAUAUGUGCGCAGGGACAGUGGCUUCUCCAGUCAGGAUGUGGACACCUACGUGGAGAUGAGGCCUGUCUCCACUUCAUCUUCAAAUGAUUCCUUCUCUGAGCAAGACCUGGACAAGGAGGAUGGGCGGCCCCUGGAGCUCAGAGACCUGCUCCACUUCUCAAGCCAGGUGGCCCAGGGCAUGGCUUUCCUUGCUUCUAAGAAUUGCAUCCACCGGGACGUGGCGGCCCGAAACGUGCUUCUGACCAGCGGGCAUGUGGCCAAGAUUGGGGACUUCGGGCUGGCUAGGGACAUCAUGAAUGACUCCAACUACAUUGUCAAGGGCAAUGCCCGCCUGCCCGUGAAGUGGAUGGCUCCCGAGAGCAUUUUCGACUGUGUGUACACGGUUCAGAGUGACGUCUGGUCCUACGGCAUCCUUCUCUGGGAAAUCUUCUCAUUGGGGCUGAACCCUUACCCUGGCAUCCUGGUGAACAGCAAGUUCUAUAAACUGGUGAAGGAUGGCUACCAAAUGGCCCAGCCUGCGUUUGCUCCCAAGAAGAUAUACAGCAUCAUGCAGGCCUGCUGGGACCUGGAGCCCACUCGAAGACCCACUUUCCAGCAGAUCUACUCCCUCCUUCAGGAGCAGGCCAAAGCAGACGGAAAAGAGCGGGACUAUGCCAACUUGCCCAGCAGCAGCAGUGGCGGCAGCAGCAGCAGUGAGCCAGAGGAGGAGAGCUCAAGCGAGCACCUGGCCUGUUGUGAGCAAGGGGACAGCGCCCAGCCGCUGCUGCAGCCCAACAACUAUCAGUUCUGCUGA